AUGGCCUUUAACUUAACCAUAACCGUAGCCAUUGUUGCUUUUAUGCUUUCUCAUUUGCUUAUGCUUAUGAUCCAAGUCCUCUCCAAGACUUCUGUGUUGCGUCAAAUGACCCCAGAGCUACAAGUAAUUCUACUACUCAUGGUUACUUUUUGCUUUUUUUUUGUGAAUGGUAGGGUAUGCAAAGACCCGAAACUUGUCACUUCAGACGAUUUCUUCACCUCAGGGCUCAAUACUGCUAAGACUCCAACAUUUGCGGGUUCAACAUUUAGUGCAGCUAGUAUUAACGAAAUUUCAGGACUCAACACAUUUGGUCUCACUUUGAUUCGCAAUGAUUUUGAACCGGAUACUGUUACAUCACCCCACAUACAUCCUCGAGCAACUGAGUUAGCCUUGAUCUUAGAAGGAUCACUCUACUUUGGGUUUGUUACCACUGAUCUAAGUGACAGGACAAAAAAUCGUGUCUAUGCGAAAACCUAUAAUGCCGGAGAUGUUUUUGUUAUACCACAAGGCCUUAUUCACUUCGGUCUCAAUGUUGGAUCUGGGAAUGCAACUACUAUUGCUGUUUUCAAUAGUCAAAGUCCUGGGUUUAAUUUUGUACCGGAUUCACUAUUUAGAUCAAACCCUCCCAUCUCAGAUGAUGUAUUGUCUAAAUCUUUUAGAGUAGAUAAGAAAGUAAUCACACAAAUUAGAUCUCAAUUUUCUUAG